AUGCCAAGGAAACUUAACAGGAAGUUUCUUGUGCAGAGCUGUAAUGCAAGAUACGAGCUUUAUGCGUUUUACAACGAAUCUGCCUUACGGACACGUCAGCCGCAGCUGGAUUCAUCUCCUCCUCCGAUUUCAGUUCCUUCACCACGACCUGGAAAAGGUGGGAACUCCAUUGUCAUAGUCAUUGCUGUUGCUGUUCCCAUCACGGUCCUUUUUCUUGUUUGCGUGGCUGUUUCUAGAGUCAGGGUUAAGAAAGCAAGGACGGUUCAUGAGACGAACAAGGAUGAUAUUACGACGGCAGGCUCACUUCAGUUUGAUUUUAAGGCCAUUGAGGCAGCAACGGAUAAUUUUUCUGAGAGUAACAAGCUUGGCCAAGGUGGAUUUGGUGCAGUUUACAAGGGUACGUUUCCUAGUGGAGUACAAGUUGCGGUGAAGAGGCUAUCAAAGACAUCAGGACAAGGUGAAAGAGAGUUUGAGAACGAAGUUAUUGUUGUGGCAAAGCUUCAGCAUAGGAAUCUUGUCAAGCUUCUCGGAUUUUGUUUGGAAGGAGAAGAGAAGAUACUUGUUUACGAGUUUGUGCCUAACAAAAGCCUUGAUUACUUUCUGUUUGACUCUACGAUGCAGAGCCAGCUGGAUUGGUCAAGACGGUACAAGAUCAUUGGAGGAAUUGCCAGAGGGAUCCUAUAUCUUCAUCAAGAUUCACGUCUCACAAUCAUACAUCGAGACCUCAAAGCGAGUAACAUCCUCUUAGAUGCUAAGAUGAGCCCAAAAGUCGCAGAUUUUGGGAUGGCCAGAAUUUUUCGGAUGGAGCAAACUGAAGCCAAUACAGAAAGAGCAGUUGGAACCUAUGGUUACAUGUCUCCUGAGUAUGCCAUGUACGGCCAUUUCUCCAUGAAGUCAGAUGUCUACAGUUUCGGGGUCUUAGUUCUUGAGAUUAUUAGCGGCAAGAAGAACAGUAGCUUUUAUCAGAACGAUGGCAAUGAUGGCAAUUUGGUUACAUAUACUUGGAGACUAUGGAGCAAUGGGUCGCCGUUAGAGCUCGUGGAUCCAUCUUUCCAAGAUAACUAUCAAAGAAAUGAAAUAAGUAGAUGCAUCCAUAUAGCUUUACAAUGUGUUCAAGAAGUAGCUGAAGAUCGUUCAACCAUGUCAGCGAUCCUACAGAUGCUCACUACUAGCUCAAUUUCUCUAGCCGUACCUCGACCACCUGGAUUUUUCUUACGAAGCAGGCAUGAACUGGUGGAUAGAGCAGGACCAUCUAUGGAUUCAUCUGCUCUAUGUUCAAUUGAUGAUGCUUCCAUUACUAGUGUAACUCCUCGUUGA